AUGGCGUGGCCUCGGACGCCAUUUUGGGGUGUCCCCGAUGAGGCCCGGCCUGGCCCCGCCAUGGCCCCCCGCCCCGAGGGGCUGCGCUGGUACCAGAUCCCCCUCUCCUCCGCCCGCGUGCCCCGCUCCGUCAUCUUCAGCUAUGGCUUCCAGUCGGGCCUCUGGCGCUACCGGCAGCUCCGCGUCCUCAAACAACUCCCCGUGGGCCGCCCCGUCGCCCCGCCGCCCCCCGGCCUGUUGGAGCCCUGCUCCCCCUCUCCCCCGCCUGCCCGUAGCCCUCCCCGGGCCUCCCACCGCUCCCGGGGCACCGGCAGGGCGCGAGGUGAGCGUGGCCCUGCCCAGGGGGUGGGUGUGAAGGGAGCAGUGCCCCUCCUGUUGCCCCAGGGGGGACCCUGGUCACCCCCACGUUGUCCUCGUGGCCCUUCCCCGCGCCCCAAAGCGGCCCCCCGUGACCCCCGUGUUGUCCCCAAGACCCUCCCUCCCCCAUGCCCCAAGGCGGUGGCGAGGGGGGGGCUAGUCACCCCUGCGUUGCCCCCACAGGCCUCCCUGUGCCCCAGGGGAGUCUGUGCUGACCCCUGUGCUGUCCCCGCAGCCCCCCGGCGAUCCAAGGGAUCCCCUGGCACCAGGAAACGGGUGAGCAGAGGGCGGCAGCCUCCUGGCCCCGCUCAGCCCCAUGCCAACCGGCGGGACGUGGCCAGCCGGGGCUCCCCAGCGUGCCAGGUGGCACCGGACCGUUCCAGCCAUGUCCCGGUGCUGCCGGAGGCGGCUGUGGGGUCCCUGGGCGGGGAGGCCGACGGCGGGCAGCACACCGCAGCCGGGACGGCGCCGCAGCAGGCGGGCAGGAGCUCUGGGGGGCACCCAGUGGGCCCGGCGAGGGGGUGGGUGUCCUCCACAGACAGCGAGGACGAUGAGCUGAUCCCGCUGAAGGACAUGCUGCUGGCAGGGGAUGAGCCCCCGAGCCCCGCGGACCACCAGCAGGCUGCGUGCCCGCAGCCAGAUCCGCUUGCCAACGGCCUGGAUUCGCUAGCCCGGGAGAAGAGCUGUGCUGGGCACCCCGGGGUGCCCUCGCCCUGCCCUAACCGUCACCGUGGCAGGGAGCAGCGCCAGGCAGCCACGCCGCCGGACGACGACGGCUCCUGGGAGUCCCCGGACGAGGACACUGAGCUGCCCGAGGAGCACAGGGAUUUCCUCGCCCACUACACCGUGACACCCAGAUUCAUCCCCGCCGUCCACCCCGGGGAACCCAUCUUCUGCGCCCGCUCCGCGCCGGUGCCCACCCUGGACACCCGCGGGCUGAAGCCUCAGAGCGCGUUGGAGGGGUUUUUCUUCAGCAACUCCCCUGCUUGCCAGGCAGCUUUCGUCCGCGACGGGGGGCUCAGCCUGCUCUACCGCUGCGUGCCCACCUGCCCGCUGCCCGUCCUGCGCUGGCUCUUCCAGCUCAUGACCCUCUGCCCGGACGCCACCAACGCUUCCCAGGCGCUGUGGGAGAUCUGGCUGAGCACCGGGGGCGAGCCCUGGUGCCCCACGGCGCAGGACGUCAGCCUGGCUUUCGCCCAUCUCGGCGCUGACCUGAGCCCCCUGCGCCGCCUGCUGCCCCCCGAGCUGUGCCCCACGGACAGGAGCCUGGAUCCCUCCUGCUCCCCGAGACGGGCGAGCCCCGAGGCCACCGGCACGCUGGCCCUGGUGACGCAGCUCGGUGACAUCUGCAAGUUCCUGGCGCUGUGCGUGGUCACCCAGCCCUGCCGCUACGCCGACGGCGCCCGCCUGGCGCUUGUCACCCUCCUCUCCUUCCUCGGCCUGGACCGGGCGUUGCGCUGCCAGCCCCUGCCCGAACUGCAGCACCUUCUCCACUGCCUGCUGGAGGGCAUCCGGGACUGGCAGCAGCAGCUGCCCGCUCUCUGCCUGUCCCUCUGCCAGCUUUCCGGGCACCACCACAACCUGGUUGCCCUGGUGCAGCUCCUGCCAGACCUCACGAGCAGGGACAGGUACGUCCCCGCACGCCGCGCCGCUUGCCGGCCGGAGCCGCCAGGCCUCCCGCCCUACCCGCGCCCCACGCGUUGCCGGUUGCGCAGGCACAAAGCGGGCAGAAUGCGGCUGCCGGCACUGACGCCCCUCGCCACGGGUGUCCGGAGGGCACCGGGGCCACCCGCCGCUUCACGGAUGGCACCGGGGAUGGUGGUGACGGGCACAGAGGCAGGGACGGGCGCUUGGGCGCGCACCGGACCCUUCCUCACGCUCUUCCCCCCUCUCACCAGGGAGCUUCGCCGGCAUCUGAGCCUUCGCGCCAUGUCCCGGCUGCUGGGGGAGCCGCCAGGCACCGUACCACCUCCCGGGGCGCAGGCGGAGGUGGGUGCAGCCAGGGAAAUGGGUGCCGUGGGGCACCCCCUAAGGUGCCCCGGCGCCCCUUUGGGUGAACCCCCCCCCCGCCCCCGUGCCCUCUGCCGCCCGCAGGCUUGCUACCUGAGCUACAGCCUCCUCCUCCUCGCCAGCAACGUGGUGGGCACCGAGAACCCCCCCGCCGAGCAGCGGGGCCACCUGGAGCAGCUCUGCGUCCAGCUGGACCGGCAAUUUGGGAGAGGGCUGCACGACAGCCCCAGGCUCCUCUUCCGUGCCCAGCUGAAGGGCCUGGCCGCCCUCCUCUACGUCAAGUGGCAGGAGAUGCUGGGGGGGUCCCCGUCCCCUCUCCGGGGGGUGUCCCGAGCACCCUCGGGUGCCCCAAGGCCACCCCCUACCCAAUAAACAGCCCCGAUUCCCGCGGCCGUGUUGGGCCGGCCAGCCUUGGUGGCCGUCGGCAGCACAAAAGGGCGCCGGGGUUCCUGUCCCCACGAGGCCGGGCAGAACUGAGCGGAACUGGGCCAAACUGGGCGGAACUGGACCAGGUUGAGAUGGGCUGAGCCAGGGCUGGGUGAAGCCGAUCCGAUUUGAGCCAACCGGACCCCACGUGAUCUGAGCAGAUCUGACCCGAUCCGAUCUGAUCCGACCCAGUCUGAGCCGAUCCGACUGGAUUUGACCUCAUCCUAUCCGAUCCAACUGGACCAAUCCGAUCCAAUCUGAUCCUAUCCCAUCCUACCCGAUCCGACACGAUCUGAUUCGACCAGACCCGAUCCAAUCCGGCCAGACCUGAUCUGAUCCAACUGGACCCGACCCAAUCCAACUGGACCCGAUCUGAUCAAUCCGAUCCAACUGGACCCGAUCUGACCUGAUCCGAUCGAUCCAAUCCAACUGGACACGAUCCAAUAGAUCCGAUCCAACCAGACCAAAUCUGACCUGAUCCAAUCAAUCUGAUCCAACUGGGCCUGACCUCAUCCAACCAGACCCAAUCCAGUCUCAUCCGAUCCGAUCAAUCCGAUCCGACUGGACCCAAUCCGACCUGAUCCGAUCAAUCCAAUCUGACCAGACCCAAUCCGAUCCAACUGGACCCAAUCCAAUAGAUCUGAUCCAACCAAUCAGACCCAAUCCAACCUGAUCCAAUCCGAUCGAGCCAAUCCAACUGGACCCGAUCUGAUCCGACCAGACCCAAUCCAAUCAAUCCAAUCCAACCGGACCUAAUCUGACCUGGGCCAAUCUGACCUGAUCCAACCCAACUGAUCUGAUCCAACUGGACCCGAUCCAAUAGAUACGACCCAACUGGACCCAAUCCAACCUGAUCCAGUCCAAUCGAUCCGAUCCAACUGGACCCGAUCCGAUCCGACUGGAACCAAUCCGACCUGAUCCAAUCUGAUUAAUCCAAUCCAGACGGACCCGAUCCAAUCCAACUGGACCUGAUCCAAUAGAUAUGAUGCAACUGGACCAAACCCAACCUGAUCCAGUCCGAUCGAUCCGAUCCAACUGGACCCAAUCCAAUCCGACUGGACCCAAUCCGACUGGACCUGAUCCAGUUGAUCCGAUCCAACUGGACCCAAUCUGACCAGACCCGAUCCAACUGAUCCAAUCCAACUGGACUCGAUCCGAUCCAACCAGGCCCAAUCCGACCUGAUCCAGUCCGAUUGAUCCAAUCCAACUGGACCAGACCCAAUCCGACCGGACCCGCUCCAAUCAAUCCGAUCCAACUGGACCCAAUCUGAUCUAACUAGACCCAAUCCGACCAGACCCGAUCCAAUCAAUCCAAUCAAUCCAAUCCAAGUGGACCCAAUCUGAUCUGACUAGACCCAAUCCGACCGGACCCGAUCCAAUCAAUCCAAUCAAUCCAAUCCAAGUGGACCCAAUCUGAUCUGACUAGACCCAAUCCGACCAGACCCGAUCCAAUCAAUCCGAUCCAACUGGACCCAAUCUGAUCUGACUAGACCCAAUCCGACCGGACCCGAUCCAAUCAAUCCAAUCCAACCGGACCCGAUCCGAUCCAACCGGACCAAAUCCGACCAGACCCGAUCCAAUCAAUCCAAUCCAACUGGACCCAAUCUGAUCUGACUAGACCCGAUCCGACUGGGCCCGAUCCAAUCAGUCCAAUCUGAUCCAACUGGACCUGAUCCGAUCCAACCAGACCAAAUCCGACUGGACCUGAUCCAAUCGAUCCGAUCCAACUGGACCCAAUCCAACCUCAUCCAGUCCGAUCGAUCCGAUCCAGCUGGACCCGAUCUGAUCUGACCAGACCCCAUCCAAUCGAUCUAAUCUAACUGGACCCCCUCCGAUCUGACCGGACCCGAUCCAAUCAAUCCGAUCCGACCGGACCCGAUCCGAUCCGACCGGACCCAAUCCGACUGGACCCGAUCCAAUCGAUCCGAUCCAACUGGACCCAAUCCGACCUCAUCCAGUCCGAUCGAUCCGAUCCGACCGGCCCCCGAUCCAACCGAUCCGAUCCGAUCCGGUCCGACCCGA